CAAGAGAUUCGAAAUCUUACUUUCGCAAAACUCCUUAAGAUGUCUAUUGCAAACAUCAGUGACAAUGAUGUGGAUGAUGAAAAGAAAUUUGUAGAAAAAUCAGAGAUUUUAAAAAGUUUAGUUGGUAUCACAUUAAAAAAUGAAGACUUUGUUUUCCCAAUAGAUUUUUCAACUAACAGACAGAGCACUACUGAAGUAUUUCUUAUACCGGGUAUUGAUGGAUGUGGUUCUAUAUUUAAAACCAUAAUACCACAUAUUAAAUUUUCAACAUCACUAUUGCAUUAUAAGACAAACAAUAUCAAUUCUACAAAUAUGAUAUUAGAAACGACUAAUCAACUCACAAACCAUAUACUUUCAAUACUGACAAAUGGAAAAGAUUUUGUAAUGGUAGGAUAUUCCUUCGGAUCUCUUAUCGCAACUGAAAUUACUAGGAGAUUGGAAGCUAUGAAUUUUAAAGGUCGACUUGUUCUCAUCGACGGUGCUCCUGAGUUGUUACGAGAAAUGUUCAAAUCUUUUGAAUUUGAUUUUGAUGAUGCAAAUUUUCAGAUAGAUAUAUUAACUAAUAUUAUGGAAAUCUAUUCAACAGGAAGUUCUCAAAAGAUUUUAAUGGAAUUGAAGAAAUGUGAAAGUUGGGAUGAAAGAUUUAAUAUUUUCGCUAAACAGUUCUCAGUUAUAUAUACAUAUCUCUCAUUUGAAAAUUUAAAGAUGCUUGUUACAACGAUUUACAAACAUUUGUCCGCUCUCCGAGAAUAUGAUCCUUCUAAUUUGCCGCCUAUUAAGUCUCCCAUAACAUUGCUAAAAUGUAUAUCCUCGUUCAAUAUGCCAACGAUUAGAGAAGACUAUGGUUUGCACAAGGUAACUCAAAAUGUGGUAAAAGUACAUUAUGUUGAAAAUGAUCAUAUGACGAUCUUGAAGAAUGAACAAGUGGUGGCUGCAAUUAACGGAGAACUACCAUUUACAGUUUGAUAUUUUAAUUUUUAAAUCAUAUUAGUCAAAAACUUCUCGAAAAGAGCUAUUAUACUGUAUAUAUAUAUAUAUAUAUACACACAC